CCCCGAUAGCCAUACCCGUAAUGCUGGCACUGGUAGCCAUUAGAAAUAUGAAUGCACGUACAUGUACGUUUUACGGUUGUAUUGGAUGCAGUGCCAGUUUUAUCUCGCAGCGAAGUAUGGAUUGUGGAUUUCAUUGAGGCGAUACUCACAGCUCCCACUCUGAUAUAUCCACAUGAAAUGCCCUGUUUUGAGAAAGCUACCCAGCUACCGGUACCCGACUAUAGCUAGCUAGAAUUGACCCCACUGCAUGUCUGACCCCGAAGAUAACAUCGGAGAGACCAGCAUCCGCCCAAGGAUCCUCUAUGCUUCCAUCUUCGUGUACGUGAGUCUGACAGGAGGUAGAUUUCUCAGUGUCCUCCUGCAAGAUGCGGGCCUUUCGGACAGUCAGAUUGGACUCUGCUUCGCCUCUUCCACUGUGGUCCAGUCUCUCUGUUCCAGCUUUUCGGGUUCCUUUGCAGAUGACUACGAGCGGCGACAUCCAGGUCUGGGUAGAUCCAGGGUUCUAUUGUGUGGGAUCCUCAUGAGUGGAGCAUUAUUUCUACUCCAAGGACUCCAUCAUGUAACAACCAUUCCUGUUGUUUCCACCGUGACCUGGCAUGUGGUGCUUCGCGUCUUGUACGCAGCUUCUACUUCCUUUGUUUGGCCAGUUUUGGAUGGAAUCACCUUGGACUAUUUGAAUGAGCAUUCAGACAAGGCUGAUUUUGGCAAAGAACGAUUGCACGGGGCAAUUUGGUGGGCUAUUACCAAUCUGAUCAUGGGACCCUCUCUGGACCGGCUUGGAUUCUCGAUACUCUACUUGUAUUCCAUAGUAUCACUGGUGGCAGUUGCUGCGACAAUCCACAUCUUUACCAACGCCCAGCUGGCAAGUAGACAAGGGCAAAGGAGACGACAAGACACAGGAAACCAGUUAGGCCAUGACACUAAAGAAAAUAUUGAUGUGGACACAUCCGCGAAGGAUUCUGUGGAAAACCAAGGCAACAGGGAACUUCCCUUGCCCAAGGGGCUGAAGCGGCAAAAAUCACACGUGGUCCCAACGGAUGAGGAAGAUAAUGAAGUAAAAGAAGAAGAAGAAGCACCCGACAAACCUCGUCUCUCCCUGGUGAGCAUUGGCAGCAUGAUCUGUGGCACCACGACUGGGGCCGCGUUUAUGUUUGCAGUGUUUUGCCUCGCUAUUGGUAUGGCCGUGGUAGAGCAGUUGAUCUUUCUCUACUUUGAAGUGCUGGGAAGCUCCUAUACGCUUUGCUCCCUGACGGUUCUUUUGACCGUGCUUUGUGAAAUUGGGUUGUUUGCUUAUGGUCCAGAACUGUUGAACCGAUGGGGGCCUAUCAAGUUGCUUCUCUUGGCCGGGGUCUGUUACGUUCUUCGCGUCAUUGGAUAUUCCCUGGUUCCACAAGGACAACCCUGGUUUGUCCUUUUGUUUGAACCUCUGCACGGUAUCACCUAUGCUUGUGCAUCCAUUAGCUCGGUUGAUUUUGUGGCGCAACUCAUGCCGUCGGGGUACGAAUCAUCCGGUCAAGGAUUGCUGCAUACGUUGCGCGGAUUCGGGAGUGUUUUGGGCGUCCUAUUCGGUGGAAUAGGUGAUGAUUGGUUGGGUCCCCGGACUGUGUAUCGAUGUCUGGCCGCAGUGGUGACGGUGGGGCUUUCCGUUUUGGCUGUGACUUCAUCUUUGAAUGAUACACGAGGAGGACGCUAUGCCAUGGGAGCUGUGACGGAGGAGGACGAAACAGUCAACACCAUCCAGUCUUGCGCUUCGUUAGAGUUGGUAGUGAUAGAGGAAAAGGAUAUCGGUUAAUAAUAGAGAGACGCACCAUCCUGCGUCGUGGCCGUUUUUCAGUAGAGCACCAUAACCAGCACCCACAGCAGGCACUGCCUCUGGCAAUGAAGAAGCGCCUAGCUAGAUACUAGAGGU